AUGAACGACGUCAGAUACAAACCUCCCGCUCUUAACAUUGUCGUGGUAACUGGCGGGAACGGCUUUAUUGGAUCUCAUGUUGCGAAACACUAUUUUGACCUUGGAUAUCAUGUUCGAGUGAUAGAUAUAGUUCCAUUUUCAAAACACGACGAUAUUCCGUUUUACACCGAGCGCUCCAUUGGUGAUCUAUGUGACCUCCAUUUCUGCGAAAACGCCUUUCGUGGUGCGCAAAUCGUUUUUCAUUUUGGGGCUGUCAUGGGAGGCAUGGGUGUUAUCCAUCCCGACAACGAUAGUAUCAUAUAUCGAGCGAACCAUACCAUCACUCAAAAUGUGUUGAACGCCGCCAGCCUUUCAGGAGUUCAAUCUUUUUUCUACGCUUCCUCUGCUUGCGUAUACCCUACUUCUCUCCAGGCGGACCAAGGCUCUUGCGAUGUCUCUCUCCGAGAGAGCGACGUCUAUUCAUCGUCGGGCCCUCAGCCCCAACAUCUAUACGGCCUCGAGAAACUCAACUCGGAACAUAUUGUGCUCCAAUUUGCCGACCGCAUGACCGUCCGUAUCGGACGCUUCCACAAUGUCUAUGGACCUCGGGGCUCCUGGAACGACGGCCACGAAAAGGUCCCUGCCGCGUUCAUUCGCAAGGCCCUUGCCGCCAAACGUCUCGUUGAUCUCGGGGAACGGCCCAAGUUUGAGAUAUGGGGAGACGGCGCACAGAGGCGAAGCUUUUUAUACAUUGACGACGCCGUUCGCGCCGUUGCUCUGAUGAUGGAUGCCGAGGGACAUGUCCCCCCCUUGAACAUCGGAUCCGACCUCGCGUUGAGCGUUAACGAGCUGGCUGAGAUCUCGCUGAGCCUAGUUGGACUCGAGCCUUCCAACGUCGAGUUUGUCCGUGAAGAGCGUCCCGUGGGUGUUGCGAGCCGCAACUCUAAUAACGAUCUCGUGUCCACUGUCAUUUCAUGGGAGCCUCGUAUCACCCACAGGGACGGGCUCGGCCGUACUCUCAGAUGGAUCGAAACUCAAGUCGAUUUGGGGGCCCCGUCGGACCCAGACCACAUCAUUCAAUACCUUCACUCUCUCACGUCCAGUCGCAUUGUCGACCUGGAAAACGAUCAUCUAAUCAAAUUCGCCCUGCUGUUGCCCAUCACCUCACGACCAGACCCCGAAGCGUGUAUUCGCAAUCUCAACGUCUUUGCUCGUUCACUCGAGACAACCUCAUGGCGCGAUCGGAACCAGAUUUGCUCCACUCGCUUCGAACCAUACAUUUACCUCGCUAUCGACGACGACGAUGAUUAUUUGCUACCUUCUCCCGGAAAUUCCGACGGUCCUGCCGAGUCGAUCCUCCGGUCCCACGGCUUUUCCAAGAUCUUCACCACCGUCUCUCGUCGCCAAAAGGGACACGUUUGCGCACUGUGGAGGGACACGGCUCGACUUGCGUAUGAGCAUACAUGCGACUAUUACGUUCUUAUGGGCGACGACAUUGAGCUUCUCGACGAAGGGUGGAUGCGAACUAUCCACCAGCGAUUCCAGACGCUCUCGGACGAUUCGGGUGGUCCACCGGGAUUUGGCUGCGUCGCGUUUACCGACAUUACGUUCCCCGGCAUGCCCACGUUCCCCGUCGUUCAUCGGACGCAUAUGGAUAUAUUCAACGGUCAUGUGGUUCCAGAAGAGUUUAUCAAUCAAGACGGGGACCCGUAUUUAUUUCAGAUGUAUCGGCACUUUGGAGCGUCCACCACUGUAUCCGUCCGGCUACACAACUCGGUGGGCGGGAGCGACGAUGCACGUUAUGAAAAGCAGCAUCUUUCGAACUGGACUUUUGAGCCACUCGAGAAUGGCAAGACUCGAAUUCGAGAAUGGGCUGCCCUGCAUGCUCCGCGAGUUGAGCAGAAGAUGUCCCUCGAUGUAAUCGUUCCAUCGUAUCGUGUCGACCUCGAACGUCUCCAGAGGAUAUUAGAUCUCAAGCCCAGUCCGACUUGUAUUACUAUGUUUAUCGUUAUUAUUGAUGAUCCCACCUCCCCAUAUAUUCAUCAACUCGAGCACACCAACUCACACCGACUCGAUGUCCGGAUCCGCAUAAACAAAACCAACUGUGGUGCUAGUGCCUCUAGGAACCGCGGCCUAACCGAGUCAUCCGCAGAAUGGGUGGCCUUUCUAGACGACGACGUCGAUCCAUCUCCCAACUACCUCGUCGCGGCCGAAAAAUACAUUCGCCAACAUCCGAAUGCGGCAGGAUUCGUUGGGAACGCCUAUUUCCCCGUCGCGCACAACAUCUUCACCGCCGCUGUUCAUUUGGCUGGGGUCACUUUCUUUUGGGAUAUAGCGAACAAGAUUACUGAAGACAAGCGCAGUGCGUCGCUCGCGAGGGGUGGGACCGCGUUUUGGGCUGCUCCCGAGGCGAGUGUCGUACAUCCUUGGUGGAAUGGGGGGGAAAGGUCAUAUUGGAGAUUUUAUAUGUGGUCCAAAGGAGAUGGGGCGCUCAUCAACAUUUAUCCCAAACUCUCUUGGCAAGACUCGACCCCGAAUAGCGCCGAGCUUUUUGCGUUGAGUGCACUCGUCGUCCUCCCCGGAAUGGCUGCCCGAAAUAGGAACAUCAUUCAAUUUGGCCUGGUUCUCGCGUUUACGACCUUGAUUGUCAACAUCUUGCACGACGCUCAUAGGCAUCUUAUCCGGCACAAAGAUCGUACAACCUCGAUAAAGACUACAAUCGGCCCAGUGUCUUGGGUAGUCGCCGUAUGCGAAGGCGCAUUGAUCCGCAUGUUUAGUGAGAUGGGAAGACUGAAAAUCGUUGCUCAUCCCACUGCCCUCUGUUAUAAUUCAAUGGAGCAUUUGCCCAAUUUUCAAACUGAAUACCAAUUCACUCAGAGCCAAGAUUGGUUCUCGGGGCACAAGAGUCACUGGCGAUACUUGUUUACUCUUAUUACUUCACCAGCUCCCCGGGCUCUAGAAAUCGGCUCUUGGGAGGGACGCUCCGCCGUGUUUACACUCAACGAACUAUGCAAGUCUCAAGGCUCGUUAGUAAGCAUAGACCAUUUUGACAGGUUCGAGACCCAGGCCGGGUGUGAGCGUUUCGAGAAAAUGACCCAUAAUCUCAAAGUUACCGGGUUCAAACAUCGUAUCUUGCCAGAAUUUAGCGUUCCUGGUCUCAUCACACUUCUUGAAGAGGCGACCCACGAUGAAAAUCCGGGUUUCGACUGGAUUUAUAUUGAUGGUUCUCAUGAAGCUUCCGACACUUUCCUUGACGGGGAACUAGCUUGGAGACUAGCCCGCAAUGGGUCAAUAAUUGUAUUUGAUGACUAUCACUGGAACGCUCAGCCAGCCGAAAGUCCUCACCAUCCAAGACGUGGAAUCGAUUCAUUCAUGAUCUUACACAAGGGGGAGUACGAAAUGCUAUCGGGAGCGAAGGAUGAAGAGUAUCAAAUGGUCCUUCGGAAAACCACCGAUAUGAAUAUUGGUUUCGCAUUUAAUCAUACUAGUCGAUAUCAAGUAAAAAAGGAGCUCUUACGAGAUGCUCCUGUGAAUAUAGCCCUAACAGUCGAUACCGCAUAUGCUAUGCCAGCUUCCGUCACCAUCCGAAGUGCCGCCAGCGCUACUGCUGGAAGAAUCACUUUCUACGUCCUCGAUUGUGGUUUGGCUGCUUCCGAUAAAGCUCGUCUGCGAGAAUCUCUUCCCGAACACCGAUCGGACGUCACGCUAGUCUUUCUAAGUCCACCGGAGUCAGGUUUAACGCAGGAGUUGGGUCCCAUAUGGUCGAAAUUCGAUCUAAUUCAAGCCCUUCCGGUCGAAAGGGCCCUAUAUUUAGACGCAGAUAUUCUUGUUCGUAAAAGUCUUCGAGACUUAUGGUCGACAGAGCUACGGGACAAGCUAAUCGCCGCUUCACCAGAUGUCGGACACCCGUACGGCCAUCCAUCGCAGAAAUCUGGGCGCAUUCCCUACUUUAAUGCCGGAGUAAUGUUGAUUGAUUUGACUCGAGUUCGCUUGAUAAGGGAAGACAUCGAUCGUACCUCGCGAGAAAUGAAGGACUCUUAUUUCAAGGACCAAGAUGCUUUGAACUUCAUUUUCCGUGAUAAAUGGCUCGAGCUGAGUCUUGCGUGGAACGCAUCGGGACUGGGAACAUACGCAAAUAUGGCUCACCAAGACCGUGAACACCUCAAAUUGGGAGAGAUGAAAGACCCGUCAAUUGUUCACUUUACCGGGCCCCUGCACCCAUCUCUAGCCCACGUUAUCAACCCUUGGGUGCAACCGUAUGUGGCUAAACCCUGGGGGUAUGCCGGAGCCCCUGGACAUCCCUAUGCGGCAGAAUGGUGGGAAACGCUGGAGGGGACUGCAUGGAAAGGUUGGAAGGGUUCUGCCGAGUAUGAAGAGAUGAAAAGGCUAGAGGCGAAUAAGGCAGUAACUGAGGCAAUCAACGAGCUGGAGAAUGCCAUCUCGAAAACCGAAUAG